UCCCGGCGUGCAGCGCAGCGGCCCAGGCGGCUGCCCCGCAGGGCGGGUGGGGCCCGAGCCGCGGGAGCAUGGCUCUGAAGCGGAUCCAGAAGGAACUGACUGACUUACAGAGGGAUCCUCCUGCUCAGUGUUCCGCAGGACCUGUGGGUGAUGACUUGUUCCACUGGCAGGCCACCAUCAUGGGCCCGAAUGACAGCCCUUACCAAGGAGGUGUUUUUUUCCUGGCCAUCCACUUCCCUACAGAUUAUCCUUUCAAGCCCCCAAAGGUUGCUUUCACUACCAAAAUCUAUCACCCUAAUAUCAACAGCAGUGGCAGCAUUUGCCUGGACAUCCUGAGGUCACAGUGGUCCCCAGCGUUGACUGUGUCCAAAGUUCUCCUGUCCAUCUGCUCUCUGCUCUGCGACCCCAACCCUGAUGAUCCACUGGUGCCAGAAAUAGCCCACACUUACAAGGCCGACAGAGAGAAGUAUGCGCCCUCUUUGGGUUGGCUUUGUGUGCAGCUGCCCAGGUUCCCACGGACAUCUUCCUGCCCAAGCCAAGCCCAUGUACAACAGACUAGCAAGGGAGUGGACACAGAAAUAUGCUAUGUAAGUGCCCGGAAGGCUCCACCGGAGACCCUGUCCAAGAGGAGCUUGCCAGGCAGAGAGGCUUUCCUGUGAAGCUCGGAGCUGUUGGCCGAGGCACUUAUAUCCUCUGUUCACAUGUUCACUUCUCUGGCUGCAGCAUGUUGGUGCCACUUUCAGCCACUGUGGCCUUGACAGUACCACACCUCUGGUGCCAAGUCAGCAACCAAGUCAUGUUAGGAUCUACAGUCUUCCUGGUUACAGUAGAAUCUGUCUAGGCUUCAGUCUGUCUGCUUGUGUCUGGGGAAACCAAGCCAUGCAUGCCUCCCGUUGUCCUCAAUGGUGCCACUCCUCACUGCGGCACUAUACAGGGGCCCCGUGUGAUCCCUGACCACAUGCCCUUUGUCUUUAGAGCACAGUGCUUUCCUGAGGACCCAGGGCACAGUGGGCUCUCUUCAUGCUUUGUCUACCCCAGAACCAUGUCCUCAGGAGUGCAGGUGUGUCCUGGAGGCUCCUGGAACUUGGAACAGCACUCCCUGGAAACCACCUUCCUCCAUAGUGCUAUAUG